GGCGCGCUGAGCUCGCGCCAUGCGGCUGUCCUGCAAGGUGGCGGCGGCGCUGCUGGCGCUGGGCAGCCUGCUGCUGCUCUACCUGCUGGUCGGCAGCGCCGCCGCGCCUCCGCGCCCGCCGCCCGCGCCCUCCGCACCCGCCCGCCCCGCCGCACCCCUCGGCCGCCGGCAGCCGAGGCUCAGCCGGAGUCCGCCGCGGAGGAACGCGCUCGGGGGCGGACUCGCCGCUGCCAGGAAGCCUGGAGAACAAAAACGUUCAAAAGAGCCUUCAUCUUUACAAUGCAUGCAUCUGGCAGUUGUGGCUUGUGGGGACCGGGUGGAAGAGACUCUCAUCAUGCUGAAAUCAGCAGUUCUGUUUAGCAACAGGAGGCUCUGCUUUCACAUUUUUUCUGAGGAUUCCCUUAAGCCUGAAUUCAACAAGAAAUUACAGGAAUGGCCCUCCUCGUAUACAAAGAAAUUUGAAUACAACAUUUACCCAAUAACCUUCUCAGUAGGAAAUGCUCAGGAAUGGAAGAAGUUAUUCAAACCAUGUGCUGCCCAGCGCCUUUUUCUUCCGGUUAUUUUAAAGGAUGUGGAUUCUCUCCUUUAUGUGGACACCGAUGUUCUCUUCCUGAGGCCCAUCGAUGACAUCUGGCACAUCCUGAAAGAAUUCAACUCAACGCAGCUAGCUGCUAUGGCCCCAGAGCACGAGAUACCAAAGAUUGGCUGGUACAGUCGAUUUGCACGUCACCCCUAUUAUGGGACAACUGGAGUCAAUUCUGGAGUGAUGCUAAUGAAUUUAACACGGAUACGCAACACUCAGUUCAGGAACAGUGUGAUACCGAGUGGUUUGACUUGGGAGGAGAUGUUAUACCCACUGUAUCAAAAGUACAAAAACUACAUUACAUGGGGAGACCAGGAUUUACUAAAUAUUAUUUUUUACUUUAACCCAGAGUGUCUCUAUGUGUUUCCAUGUCAGUGGAACUACCGACCUGACCACUGUAUGUAUGGAAGUAACUGUAAAGGUGCAGAAGAAGAAGGUGUCUCUAUUCUGCAUGGAAAUAGAGGUGUCUACCAUGACGAUAAGCAGCCUACAUUCAAGGCACUCUAUGAAGUGAUACGUGAUUUUCCAUUUGAAGACAAUCUCUUCCAGUCUUUGUACUAUCCUCUUCAGUCUAAGUUCCUGGAUACAGUGCACACUUUAUGUGGGAGAAUUCCACAAGUAUUUUUGAAGCAAAUUGAGAAAACUAUGAAGAAGGUGUAUGAAAAUCGUGUCAUUGUCUACCUGGGGGCCAACCACAGAUACUAAAUGUAGUUGUAUUUUGACGUGAAACUUGCACCUAGGUGGCUUGUGCCUGGAUGUCUUAAAGCAUUUAAAUGAAGGAUGUCACUCUUUGUCUUAAACUCAGACAAAAAAAAAUCCUUAUUCAAUUUCCUAGUAGCUCUCUGAAAUUAUAAAGUCUGAAGAAGUCCUGGAGAUCCACCUAAACAGUCCUUUCGUUCUUUUCCUGCUUGUUUGUCUUUUUUUUUUUCCUUCUUUUUGGUUGCAACAGGAAGAGUUGAUGAUUCUCACUUUGUUUAUGAGUUUAUUUGUUUAAGAGCAGCAAUAUUCACUAUAACUUUUUUUUUCAAGUUAUACAAAAGUUCGUUCUGAACUUAAGCUCAACAAAGAAGUGGCAUUUCAAGCUACUAUGUAUGGAAUGUAGCUUCAAAUGACAUGGCAAGCAUCUUUUUCC